AUGGUGGCUAGCAACAACAAUUAUGCAUCCAACAAAGAUUCAACAAACACGGCUGUUGCACUGACCAUAACCUCAGCUCUAUGUGGAUUAAUUGCAACUUGGGCAACCCUUCGAAUCUCCAACAAGAGGCAUGAAGAAGAAAUGGAAGCAGAAUCCAAGGAAUGGGAAAGACGACGACAAGAGGAAAGAAAAGGAAGGAUUCGGGCGGAGCAAAAGUUGCGAAGUCUAUUGAACGAAAAGAAAAAUGCACCCUUAAAAGAAAGCAAUGACAUCGGGAACAACAAUGACGCAGACCCAUAUGCCAUGAGACUCUCGACGAUUGGUACCAUCGUAUCACCCUACACAAAACGCAUGGGAACACCUCGUCAAGGUGCCUUGGUUCCCAGCAGUCGCGGAUUUGUUCAAUUCAACUCUUCGCUGUCACCUGAGGCUGUGGAUGGUAUUGCGGAAUAUAGUCAUUUGUGGGUGAUCUUUCAAUUUCACGCCAACACGAGUUUGGCCACUUCCAAGAAAACCAAAAUACGCCCACCCCGAGGAGGAGGCAGAAAGGUUGGAAUGUUGGCUACCCGAUCACCUCACCGUCCUAACGCUCUGGGACUGUCUCUUGUGAUCAUCGAUCGGUGGGAGCCAUCUACUCGUCGUUUGUACAUCAAAGCACUCGACCUUGUCCAUGGAACCCCCGUGUAUGAUGUCAAGCCCUAUGUGCACUGGGAUAUCCCAGGGAAUGUCUACGACACGAGCCUACUCAAACUACCAGAUUGGGUUGAAAAUAAAGAAGAUGUAUUACCUAGUGUGGAAUUUACGGAUGCUGCCGAAGCCUCCCUUUUGAAGUUUGUCGAACAUAACCGUUUGGCACCCUUGUAUUCCAGCAAGGACAAGACCAGCUUGGAGGCAGCCAAGCAAACACUGCUAGAAAUUCUGGCACAAGAUCCACGGACAUCGCACAAGGGAGUUUCCAAAAAUCAGAGGGGCUCCUUAUCGGGCUCCGAAACCUAUCGUAUUUUGUUUGGCAAGAUUGAAAUUGAAUUCUCGGUCUCUGAGCACGGGGCAAAAGUUAUUGCCGUGCAUCCCUACCAUGCAGAGUCGGCCGGCAAUUCGGAAAAUGCAUCAGAAUAG